UGAAGAGACAGGCUCAAGAGACAGACAGACAGGUAACAAGGACAGGUGGGAACAGGUAGACAGACAGAGGACUGACAGCUUCAGCCAUGACGAGCAGAAAAAUGUCAUUGCUUGAGCUUUGGAGGAGAAACAAGGAGAGAAGAUUUCUUCUGAAGAGAGCCAAUCAGCUGAGAUGCCUUCCUCCACAGCUGAGGCGGCUACUCGCUGACAGGGGGGUUCGAGAGUCCCUGCAUGAUGCCAGGAUGGCCCCUCUGCUGCCCCCUGUUGGUUCAGAGGUCUUCAGGCGUUUCACCCCGGCCUCACUGGAGGAAAUCCAACGCCGUCAUGAAGUGGAGGAGAAGGAGCGACAGAAGAAGAAGGAGAGGAACAUAGAGAUUGCAGAGGAAGAUCUUCCCAAACCAGCAAGUGACUUGGAGGCUGGGAAGCCCCUCCCAUUCAUCUAUGGAGACCCGCCCCCUGAGCUUCUUAACAAGCCAUUGGAGGAGCUGGACCCCUUCUACCAAUCACAGAAGACGUUCAUCGUGAUCGGUAAAGGGAACAUCAUCUACAGGUUUAACGCUGAGCCGGCCUGUUACCUGCUGGGUCCGUUCAACCCGCUGAGGACCCUUGCCAUCAAGAUCCUCAUUCACUCUUUAUUCAGUUUGUUCAUCAUGGUGACGAUUCUGACCAACUGUGCGUUCAUGACGAUGAGCGAUCCUCCAGCGUGGAGCAAGAUUGUGGAAUACGUGUUUACAUUCAUUUACACAUUCGAAGCAAUGACCAAAGUUCUGUCCAGAGGAUUCUGUGUCGGAGAUUUCACUUUCCUCAAAGACCCCUGGAACUGGCUGGAUUUCAUGGUCAUCAGCAUGGCAUACCUGACUGAAUUUGUAGAUUUGGGAAAUGUUUCUGUGUUGAGGACGUUCAGAGUUCUUCGAGCUCUGAAGACCAUCACUGUGAUCCCAGGUCUGAAGACGAUAGUCGGAGCUCUCAUGCAAUCAGUGAAGAAGCUUGGUGAUGUCAUGAUCCUGACCGUGUUCUGCCUCAGUGUCUUCGCUCUGAUUGGCCUGCAGCUCUUCAUGGGAAAUCUGCGGCAAAAAUGUGUCGUCAACCCAGCGCUGUUGCUUAGCAACCACACGUCUGACAGUGACUUAAAUAUUGGUUUCCGUGACAACAACACCCACGCCAACACUACAGGAAGUGGCGACUUUGAUUUUAAUGAACACAUCAACAAUCCAGAGAAUUACUACUUCCAGCCCGGGCAGCUUGAUGCUCUGCUGUGUGGAAACAGUUCUGAUAGCGGGGUCUGUCCGGAGGGUUACGUCUGUCUGAGAGUGGGGAGAAACCCAAACUACGGCUACACCAGCUACGACACGUUUGGUUGGGCGUUCCUGUCUCUGUUCAGACUGAUGACCCAGGACUUCUGGGAAAACCUCUUCCAUCUGACGCUGCGAUCAGCAGGUAAGACCUACAUGAUCUUCUUCGUGGUGGUCAUCUUCCUCGGCUCGUUCUACCUCAUUAACCUGAUCCUGGCCGUGGUCGCCAUGGCGUACGCUGAACAGAACGAGGCCACUCUGGCUGAGGCCAAACAGAAGGAGGAAGAGUACACUCAGCUUCUGGAGGCGCUGAAAAAGAGAGAGGAGGAGCAGGCAGCCUGCAGGGCAGCGCUCUCAGAGGAGGACCAAGAACACACUGCCAUGGAAGACUUUGAAGACGACCAGAGGCCGUGUCCUCCAUGUUGGUACACCUUUGCUGACAUCUGCCUGAAGUGGAACUGCUGUGGCUGUUGGCAGUGGCUCAAACAGUGGCUCUACACCAUUGUCAUGGACCCAUUUGUUGACCUCGGCAUCACCAUCUGUAUUGUCCUCAACACAGUUUUCAUGGCCAUGGAGCAUUAUCCAAUGACAGAGGACUUUGAGGAACUUCUGAGUGUUGGAAAUCUGGUCUUUACAGGGAUCUUCACAGCUGAGAUGGUACUCAAACUUCUGGCCAUGGACCCGUACUACUACUUCCAGGUGGGCUGGAACAUCUUCGACAGCAUCAUCGUCACCAUGAGUCUGGUGGAGCUGGGACUGGCUAACGUCCAGGGCCUGUCUGUGCUGCGCUCCUUCCGAUUGAUGCGAGUGUUUAAACUGGCCAAGUCGUGGCCGACCCUCAACAUGUUGAUUAAGAUCAUUGGAAACUCGGUGGGGGCUCUGGGAAACCUGACUCUGGUUCUGGCCAUCAUCGUCUUCAUCUUCGCCGUCGUCGGCAUGCAGUUGUUCGGGAAGAAUUACAAAGACUGCGUCUGUCGCAUCUCACUUGACUGCGAGCUUCCUCGCUGGCACAUGCACGACUUUUUCCACGCCUUCCUCAUCAUCUUCAGGGUCCUGUGUGGAGAGUGGAUCGAGACCAUGUGGGACUGCAUGGAGGUCUCAGGUCAGGCCAUGUGUCUGAUUAUCUACAUGAUGGUUCUCGUCAUUGGAAACUUGGUGGUCCUGAAUCUCUUUCUGGCCUUGUUGCUGAGCUCCUUCAGUGGUGAUAAUCUUGCGGCUCCGGAAGAUGAAGGAGAAAACAACUUGCAGAUUGCCAUAAACCGGAUCAGUAGAGCUCUGGCCUGGACAAAGACCUGGAUCCUUAAACAUAUAUGGAAUUUGAUGGGAAAGAAAACCCCAGUCAACCCAGACAACAGCGUGGUCGACAGUGAGGAAGGCGAUAGGACGACAAAGGACUUUUUGGCUUUGACCUUUUUGACCUCAGACCAGCCAGCAUCAGAGGUCAAAUCCCCUGGCUGUGACCAUGGCAACCUGACCAGCAUCUACCACAACAUUGUCUCCCUGAGGGUCCCCAUCGCCAAGGCCGAGUCCGACUUCGAGACGCCUGACAAUGAUGAUGAUGACGAUGAAGACGAUGAGGAUGAAGAGGACGAAGCUGAAAAGGACAAAGACAAGCACUCCCAAUGUGAAGAGUCGUCGGUCUGCAGCACUGUACAGAAACUUCCUGAAGGCCAGGAGGACGAAGACGAGGAAGAUCACGAUGAAAACACACCCGAGAACUGCUGGAGUGACAAGUGUUACCAGCGCUGCCCGUUCCUGGACAUAGACGUGUCCCAGGGCAGAUGGAAGGUCUGGUCUAACUUCAGGAGAACCUGUUUCUCCAUCGUAGAACACAACUACUUUGAGACCUUCAUCAUUUUCAUGAUCCUGAUGAGCAGUGGAGCUCUGGCAUUUGAGGACAUCUACCUGGAGCAACGUCGGGUCAUAAAGACGGUUCUGGAGUACGCAGACCAGGUGUUCACCUAUGUGUUCGUGGUGGAGAUGGUUCUCAAGUGGGUCGCCUAUGGAUUCAAGACUUACUUCACCAACGCCUGGUGCUGGCUCGACUUCCUCAUUGUAGACGUGUCUCUGGUGUCUCUGACUGCAAACAUCUUGGGAUACUCUGAGCUGGGAGCAAUCAAGUCUCUGAGGACUCUGAGAGCUCUGAGGCCCCUGAGGGCCCUGUCUCGCUUCGAAGGCAUGAGGGUGGUGGUGAAUGCUCUGGUCGGAGCAAUCCCAUCCAUCUUUAAUGUGCUGCUGGUGUGUCUGAUCUUCUGGCUGAUCUUCAGCAUCAUGGGAGUCAAUCUGUUUGCAGGAAAGUUUUAUUACUGUUUUAAUGAGACGUCUGAGGAAAUGUUCCAUUCCUAUGACAUCAACAAUAAGACUGAGUGUUUAGCUCUGAUGGAGGCAAACUACACUGAGGUCCGCUGGAAGAACCUGAAGGUCAACUUCGACAAUGUGGGCAUGGGCUACCUGUCGCUGUUGCAAGUGGCCACAUUUAAAGGCUGGAUGGACAUCAUGUACGCAGCAGUGGACUCCAGAGAGGUGGAGUCCCAGCCGGAGUAUGAGGUCAAUCUGUACAUGUACCUUUACUUUGUCUGCUUCAUCAUCUUCGGCUCCUUCUUCACCCUCAACCUCUUCAUCGGAGUCAUUAUCGACAACUUCAACCAGCAGAAAGCCAAGUUGGGAGGAACCGAUAUUUUCAUGACAGAAGAACAGAAGAAAUACUACAAUGCCAUGAAGAAACUGGGCUCCAAGAAACCUCAGAAACCUGUUCCACGACCUGAGAAUAAGUUCCAGGGUCUGGUCUUUGACCUGGUGACCCAACAGUUUUUCGACAUCUUCAUUAUGGUGUUGAUCUGCCUCAACAUGGUGACCAUGAUGGUGGAGACGGAUGAUCAGAGCGAGGAGAUGGAAAACAUCCUUUACUGGGCCAACCUCGUCUUCAUCAUCAUCUUCACCUCAGAGUGCACUCUGAAGCUCAUCGCGCUCCGGCACCACUACUUUGCCGUUGGCUGGAAUAUCUUCGACUUCGUGGUCGUUAUUCUGUCCAUCGUAGGCCUCCUCCUCGCUGACAUCAUAGAGAAAUAUUUUGUCUCACCCACGCUCUUCCGUGUGAUCCGAUUGGCUCGUAUUGGCCGAGUCCUUCGUCUCAUUCGUGGAGCCAAAGGAAUCCGGACUCUGCUGUUUGCUCUGAUGAUGUCUCUUCCUGCCCUGUUCAACAUUGGUCUCCUCCUCUUCCUCAUCAUGUUCAUUUUCUCCAUCUUUGGCAUGUCUAACUUUGCCUACGUGAAGAAGGAGGCCAUGAUUGAUGACAUAUUUAACUUUGAGACAUUUGGGAACAGCAUGAUCUGUCUGUUUAUGAUCACAACAUCAGCUGGAUGGGACGGUCUGCUGAAUCCCAUCAUGAACACGCCGCCGGACUGUGACCCCGACGUAGAGAACCCGGGAACGACGGUUAGAGGGAACUGUGGCACCCCAGCGUUGGGCAUCGUCUUUUUUACCACCUACAUCAUCAUGUCCUUCCUGGUGGUGGUCAACAUGUACAUCGCCAUCAUCCUGGAGAACUUCAACGUGGCCACAGAGGAGAGCGCUGACCCACUUUGUGAGGAUGACUUUGAGAUGUUUUAUGAAACCUGGGAGAAGUUCGACCCUGACGCAUCACAGUUUAUACAGUACAGUGAGUUGUCAGAUUUCUGCGACACUCUGAAGGAUCCUCUGAGGAUUUCCAAACCAAACACCAUCAAACUGAUCCAGAUGGAUCUGCCUCUUGUUCCUGGAGACAAGAUCCACUGUCUGGACAUCCUGCUCGCACUGACUGCACAAGUUUUGGGUGAUUCAGGAGCAAUGGACACUCUUAAAGCCAGCAUGGAGGAGAAGUUCAUGGCCAACAACCCUUCCAAGGUGUCGUAUGAACCAAUCAGUAGCACUCUGCGGAGGAAACAGGAAGAGGUGGCGGCGACAGUGAUCCAGAGAGCAUACAGGAAACACCUUCUGCAGCGUACGGUCAAACUGGCGUCCUAUAAAUACAGAGAGAAGACAGAGGGACGACGAGAUGAGGAAGCGCCGCCAGAGACAGAAGGACUGCUCUAUAAACGAAUCAGUCAGCUGUAUGGAGAUGGAACAGAGACAGAGGAGUCUGUCCGGGUGGAGCUUCAGAGGGACAUUCUCCUCCACGCUGCUCCUCCUCUCAACGCCCCCAACUUUCUGCGAGAUGAGAACCUAAAGGAGUCUAUUGUCUGAUAUGUUUCUCCUGUUUCUUCUUGCUUUCCUCUGCAGCAUGCAAACUCACCUGUGGAGCGUUCCUGUCGGAGGAACAGUGGACAGAUCCUGUGUUAGCUUCAGCUUCUGUAAGGACUCAGCAGAGACGACUCGAUUUACAGUUGGUCCGUUUGAUGAGCAAACGCUGCAGAUUCGGACCAGUCGAUGAGUUUUAUUAAACUGUGGGUUGAUUCUGUGCUCUUCUUCUGGCUUUGCACUUGAACAUGUUUUAUUCCUGCAUCUUAACGUUCUGUUUGUGUUGAGGUGUUCGGGGAGCUUCUAACAGAGCUCAGUCUCUGCCCAGGCUUGCUGAAACACUGUAUGUGAUAUUAAACAUUACAUAUAAACUUGAUUUAACUACCUAGGCAGGUUAUUACUAACACGUACAUAACGCAUAUUAUUAUGUUAUCAGUAAUCUGUGACAGUGGGCUAUUAUUCCCAGCCGGCUGAAUUUAACUGUUCGCAGGUGUUUAUUGUGCCACAAACCAACUAUUCUCCUUUCCGUGUCACAGACAGUGAAGUGAUAAUGUGAAGUGUGUAAUAGGCUUAUUACUUUUAAGAGAAACCACAUUGACAGCGUUGUGUUAAGAACAGACUAACUUCUCACAGUUAUUUGAAUGCUCUAGUUCACACGGCUCCAUUUUAACGUGUUUGUGAGAGAGAGAGAGAGAGGGAGCGAGCAGAGGAGCUGAGCGAAUCAAUGCGCUGCAGGCAGCUCCACAAUGACUUUGGUUUUACUCAUAUUAAAAAGUAUAUCGUUUGUGGCGGUCAGCGUUGAUAUUGUGGCAUCAAUGAAUGGGAAACAGACUGUUUUUAUGUCAUCUUAGUUCUGAUUAGUGUUGUCAUUUCAGGUUUCUCCUGCCCUGCAGUGACUCCUCCCUUUUCCCCGUUAUUCCCUUUAACCUGACUUCCCCCACCUACCUGCACACCUGUUGCCACUUUUCCCAUCAACCCUGCAGUAUACAUACGGCCCAUUCCCAUUCAUUAUAUGCCAGGUUGUCUGUUGUGCUCUCACUUCAGCUUUCUAGUCAUCAGUUCUGCCUGCCGGACUGCUGGACCCCUUUUAAGUAAAUGUGCCAGUUUUAGUCCAUCUGCCUGGUUUUGACUUUUGCCGGCUUUUAGACCGCAAGCAAACGUGAACUUUGACUCACCCUGUUAUGCAUGUGGGUUCAGACCUGUUUCUCUGUCUUUGAGAAUUAAACAGCGAAGGUUUUGUUUUCUGCUCUGGUUUGUUUCGUGUGAAUGCUAAACAACAGCGGACACAGGUCAGGAGGAGCUUCAGUGGUUAUUGACAAAGCAGACAGCCAAUGAGAGGGCAGCGCCUGAACAGAUGAGGUCUGGUUAAAGAUAAUGUUUUUAAUAACCCGUGACCUUUUGUGAACUUGUCUUUGUUGAUUCUGAUUGGUCAGUUCUGCUGCAGAUGGUUUUACAGGAGCUCAGGGCAACAGGGAAACAUGAGUCAGACGUUACACAGCUGUGACGAUGAGGUGAGGCUUUACAUAGAUCCACCGCAGGUUCAGUUUGGUCCUGAUGAAGCUACCGGUGACUGACAGUGAACUCGUCCAAUCAGAACAAGCUGUAACCAUAGCCAUGGUCCGCUGAGAGGGCUGUGGGGAGACCGAUCCAGCUGCAGUCCACAGCAGCAGCUUCCGCAUCUCCGCUCAAGUUCAAUAAUAAAGUCGCACCAAUGAAAGCACCAGCAGGGCUGCAGUAUCAUUCGAUUAUCUGACAGUGAUGGAGGGUCAGACUGUGUUUUGGGUUCAAAGCCCUGAGCGGAGAUCUCGACGUCAUCACUGCGUCAGACAUGUUUCCUGAGAUCAAAUCAGCUGACAGGUGACACAGCAGACAUGAGUUGGUUGGUGAACAUGACUACUGAUUAGAAUGAAGUCAAAGUAACCCAUGUGGAUACACAGACCUACACUAACACUGUACUGAUGACAUGAACAUUAUCGUGCAGACAGGCAAACGUCUUCAGAGAGAUUUGGAUUCGCUGGCUGUAACAGAACUUGAUGUCCUCAGAGAAACUAUCAUGGUACUGAAGCUGCAAAGAUCACUUUAUUAAAAAUCACCUAAAGAGCCGUAUGAGGGGAAAAGUUAGUGAGAUCCAGGCAACAUAAAUAGAUUCACAGCCUAUAAUUCACAAUGACACAGGAAGCUGACAGCUGUGCUGAUUUAACACAAUAUUAGUAAAUGUGUUUGUAAAUGUUUUUGAUUAACAUUAAAUGUGUGUUUCAUUACAGAAAACUGAUCAUUAAUGAUUAUCUGCAGCUCUCUCUUCCUCCCCAGGCAUUUGCUGCAUUCUUUCUUUCUUAAUGUCUAUAUUAUUUCAUGUGUUUUUGUAUGAAGUAUGGUAUAUCAGUAUUCUAUAAUACUCUCUGUGUACAUUCUAGCAUUAAUCUUUGUUCAGCAGAAACAUCCGUUGUUUUUCAUCUUUGAUUCUGUAAGAGAUUCCGUUUGUCAAACUGUGACUUAUUGCAAAGAAACAAUCUCUUCACAUGAUUGGUGGAUGAGUGUCCGAGUCAUCAGCCUGCUAUUGGUUGACUGUAAAUGUUUGAAGAUGAUGAAUAACAGAUGUGACCUGCAGUAAAAACAAAGCCAUUAAAGAUUCAAACUGUCCUUAAA